GGAGCAGAUGUCGAGGGAUGGAGAGAUGCCCAGCGAAGUACAGUAGCUGCAGCACGAGAGGCAGAAGCGCCGAAAAGCUCUGCGUUACACUGCAGCUUACAAAGUUUCCCUCAAGCCCUCUUCCUUUGGCCCUGGAAAGAAGUGGGACAGGCAAGGACUUCCCCAUGUCGCCCAGCUCUCGUUGCUGCGGGACGGUGAAGACCUAAAGGAAGCCUGGAGGCGCCCCCGCGACACCUUUUCCCUCCCUCACGAGUGAGUGCGGCUGCCUUUCAAGGAGGAAGGCUAGAAGAGAAGUCUGGUCAGCAGUUGCAUCCUAUCAAACAAGGAAAGGAAGGAGAUUCUUAUUCACCAGAACAAGAAAAAGGUUUAAUAGCUUUUGGAAUGUAAUGAAGUAGAGCAGUGCCUGGCAGAGACAUUCUCCAGCAGGGACCAAAGCCAAAGUUGAAGCUUGUGAGGAACGAGGUCUUGAAUCCAGACACCCAUAGUGACCUGGGGUUAAUCCAGUCUCAUGCCAAUGUAAUCUAAACCACUUGCAUCAGGUACUUUCUCUUCAAUGGGGAGAUGCCGGACAGCUGGAAUUCAUCCAUGGACAGUGUAGAAACACGAACUGCAGCCGUUAUUGUGCCGGUGGUCUUCUCUCUCAUCUUUCUUGUGGGUACGAUUGGGAAUGGCCUGGUGCUUGCUGUGCUGUUACGCAAUGGUCAGGUGAAAUAUAAUACUACCAACCUCUUCAUCCUCAACCUGGCUGUGGCAGACCUCUGCUUCAUCAUCUUCUGCGUCCCUUUCCAGGCCACCAUCUACACCUUGGAUGGAUGGCUUUUCGGGGCCUUUGCCUGCAAAGCCGUGCAUUUCCUCAUCUACCUCACCAUGUAUGCCAGCAGUUUUACCCUGGCCACCGUUUCUGUGGACAGGUAUCUGGCUAUUCGAUAUCCACUGAAAUCACGGGAUCUCCGUACCUCUCGGAAUGCAGCUCUUGCCCUUUUCAUGAUUUGGACCUUGUCACUGCUGUUCGCAGGACCAUAUCUCAGCUACUAUCAAAUAGUGCACUACCAGGAAGAGCCCAUUUGUGUCCCUAUUUGGGAGGACCAACGGCGUAAGAUCUUAGACAUCCUCACCUUUGUAUUUGGCUACAUCCUCCCUGUCUUUGUGGUCAGCCUGGCUUAUGCGAGGACUAUUAAAUUCCUCUGGACUGCUGUAGAUCCCAUUGAGAGGAUCUCAGAGUCCCGUAAGGCCAAACGCAGGGUCACCAAGAUGAUUAUUGCAGUGGCUGUCCUCUUCUGCCUCUGCUGGCUGCCCCAUCACCUAGUGAUCUUGUGCUUCUGGUUUGGCUAUUUCCCCUUCAAUCGGGCCACCUACGCCUGCCGCUUGGCUUCUCAUUGCCUCUCAUAUGCCAAUUCCUGCCUGAACCCAAUUGUUUAUGCUCUCAUCUCCAAGCACUUCCGUAAGAGGUUCAAGCAAGUCUUCACCUGUGUCCUGGUCCAGGACAAGAAUAGAAAGAAGCGAGGUGGCAACAAGGUGCACAUAGCCAACAUCACCAAUGGUUUAGCCAACCACACAGCAGGUUUCUAUGGAGGGAACACUGAGGUAACCCAGCUUCAUGAAGAAAACAUCCGAUGCUACCAAGGCCUACUGCUGAGAGAAGCUGAAGGGGUCCUUCCUGAGGCCUGGCCUCAUCAGUUAAAAGACACUGCCAUCUCUGAACAGAAGGGGCUGAUGGAUGAAGAAGAUUGUGGAACAACUGAUAAUAAUGUGCUGGCUAUGACACCACGCUGAGGGAUCUAACCUUUUAAAUAACCAUAACAGGAUAUAUAAACAAAGAGUCAGCAUCUCUCAGCAUGACAGUCACAUUCACAGGGCCAGCCCUAACAUUGGUGUGAAAGGAUAUCCACACUAGCAUAAAGAUUUGAUAUAUAGAUCUUUAGUGGCACAGUUUAGAUUUGAAAAAGAGAGACCAUGACAGCAUAUGUUUCUAGUUAGAACAAGCCAUCCUUCCUCUUUAAGAGCUGCUACACUCCUUUCCUGCCCAGCGGCAGGGCAUACAUUCUUUUUGGCAUACUUGCUGUUUAGCUGGGAGAUAGCAGCCUUCAGCAGCUAUAACUUCCAACUGCUAUUGUGGCUGUAAUGAGGUGAGAAUGAGGGAAGGGAAGCAGGAAAGGGAGAGAAAAAAAUGACACCAACAGGGAAAGAGAAAUAAUGUGUUUUUUUUAAUCAUUUCCCCUGACCCUCCUGAUCAUGGGAAAUGCUUAAUUGACAGCUGAUUGGACUACAAGAGGACAUGGGCAGUUUAUUUAUUUAUUUAUUUAGAUUUAUACCCCACCCAUUCAGUAAGCAUGCCACUACUCUGGUGUUCAACAGGGGUCAGACAGGAGGAGCCUGCUGAAUGCCACAUCGCCCCUUCCCCUAACCUCAGCACAUGCUUUGUAGCCCGAUCCACCCCAUACUCAAAGCAGCCAGCCUGAACGGGCUGUGAGGCAAAUGUCACAGGAGGUAGAUGAUAGAAGAAAACUGUAGUAGCCCCUGGAAUCUACUUCAUGAGCUUUCCAUCUAUCCCCCUCAGUUGGAUAGCAGUAAAGCAUAAGCCAUGCCUGUCCUCUGCUAUCUAAAUUAGUUUAUUGUCUGAGGUCUGGUGCAGGAUUCCACCCUGUCAGCUGCUGCAUGCACAAUAGGGAAGGAGAGCCCCAUGUCCUUUACACUAGGCAGCAAAAUAUUUUUGGCAGGCCCUGCUGACCUUAGGGGUCAGUUGGUGGGAAAAGGGUAUUUCCUCAAUACAGUAUUCCCAAAUGACUCAAAAUUCAUCAGUGAGAAAGUCAACCUUUGCCAGCAGAAGCUUCAGUGUAAUUGUUCCAGUUAUAUCCUGUUCUUGCAGCAGUGAACCAAUACAUGAAAUUUCCAAAAGGCUGUGGCAUAGGACUAGUGCAGAAACAAAGCGUGUGUCCGGGUGUACAUAUCAACAGUUCUGAGGAUUCCUGUCUCUAUUCCAUCCUCCGGCGUUCACUCUUGUAAUGAUACAUGUACUGUCUCAAGCUUGCGUCCUUAGGUUAACCCUUCCAUUUAACCCAUACUUCAGUAAAUUAGAGUGGGUGUUUGGAUUGUUCCCCUCCCUCAUUAAACUACAUGUUUAUUGUAUCAAAGCAUGAGCUGGAGUUUUUAAAAGGGCUUUUUAUGCUAUUUCAAACACUUUUAAAUGUCUCAGAGAAGGGAGGACACUGCCAUUUGGACCGACACAAGGGACGAGAGUGCUGUACAUGUUUGAUAUCUGCUGAAUACCAGAGUGGGCUGUUGAAGUAUGACAAUGUGUUGCUCUGUUUACAUGGGGUUUACCCUAUUACUCAGUGCUAGAGGGCUCAAGUUCACAACUGUCUGCCAGCAAUGAACCUGAACAUUUAAUCACCAUAUGUGGGGCUGUAGGGGAGUGGUAGCAUCCUGAGCUAUGGGAAAGAAAAUGCAUCUUCCCACUUCAGUGUUGAUGUGCUGUGUAGCAGGAGAUCACAGUACCUCAGGCAAUGCAGCUGUUUCUAUUUUGAUGAUUUCCACAUUGUUGCUGCCAUAUCAUAGGGAGAUUUUUGCCCCUCUGUUGUCCCAAUCAGCUUAGCUAUUUUUUAAAAAUAAAAUAUAUAGAUUUCAGCAACAUUGUCUGCACCGUCUCUUUCAACCAUCCCAAUGAUGGAGAAAGCUAGAGCUUGGUCUCACCACAGGACUUCCACAUUGCUAAAUUGCUGCUGAUCAUUUGCAACUGCUAUCUCAGGCAAUUUGCAGCCAUCUUAAGCCAGCUGGCUAGCUUGAUGGGUUAGGUAUGUGGCUGUGGA